GGUUUCCUUGAGCCGGCACCCAUCCUGCAGCACUGAGAUGAUGACUAGUCGACCCAAGUAGCCGCGCUUGAUCCAUCCCUGUAUCUUGAAAGGACUCAUCGCUGCACUGUCAUAAAAUGGGGAAGAAGAAGAAGCAGAAGGAAAUCGAGCAGUGCUUUUGCUAUUAUUGCGACCGCAUUUUCGAUGAUGAGUCGGCGUUGAUUGUGCACCAGAAAAACAAGCACUUCAAAUGCCCAGAAUGCAACCGCAAAAUGAACACCGCCCAGGGCCUGGCAACGCACGCGUUCCAGGUGCACAAACUAACCAUCACUGCUGUGCCCGCCGCCAAGGCCGGGAGAGAUUCCAUGGCUGUGGAGAUCUUCGGCAUGGCGGGCGUGCCGGACGACGUGCGGCCCGCCAAGCUUCAGGGUGAUGGGCCUGCGCUCAAGAAGGCGCGCGCGGACGACGACGAUGACGUGACGCCGCCGCCCGCGCCGCCGCCGCCGCCGGGCGGCAUGCCGCCGCCGAUGGGCGGCUACCACCCUGGCAUGCCGCCGCCCAUGGGCUACCCGCCCUACGGCGCACCACCGCCGUAUGGGUAUCCGCCCUACGGGCCGCCCCCGCCGGGGUACCCGCCGCGCCCGGGCAUGCCGCCUCCCUACGGCGCGCCGCCUCCCUACGGCAUGCCGCCUCCCGGCUACCCGCCUCGCCCCGGGAUGCCGCCCCCAGGCAUGCCACCGGGUGCGCCGCCGCCGCUGGGCGGCCCGCGGCCGCCCUUCCCGCCCUACGGCAUGCCGCCACCGGGCAUGCCGCCUCCGGGCAUGCCUCCCCCCGGAAUGCCGCCACCAGGCAUGCCGCCGCCAGGGGCACCAGGCGGGCCCCUCUUCCCCAUCGGGCAAGCGCCACCGGGCGCGCCGCCGGCACUUUUCCCCAUUGGCUCUUCGGCGCAGCCGCCGGCUGCAGGGGCAGAUGCAGGGGCAGGGGCCGCCGCAGCGCCCGCCGCGGCGGGAUCGGUGGCGCCGGCGCCCGGCGACGGGUCGGUGGUGGUGUGGACGGAUGAGGAGUGUUCCAUUGAGGAGCGGCGGGCGCAGCUGCCUCGCUACGCGAUCGCGGCCGGGGGGCCAGGGCGCAACGGGGCAUGAGAAGAUAGUGAGCAAGGAUGGCUCGCAGGGGGGUGAGCAGGCGUUGGGAUGGCGGUAUGCAGGUCCUGCAGGACUCCUGCGGCCGAUGGUGAUGGACUCUUCUGGCGAUGUUGCGAUCUUGAGGGGCUCUCGCGGUGGUUUGGUGCAGCGUACGGUAUAUCCUUGACUGGUGGAUCGGGAAUGGCACAGACGCGGCUUUCGGGUUGUGCAGGCGCCGGUGAUGGGAUGUGCCGUGGUGGCAAAACCAUGAGGUGUUGUCCCACUUAUGACGGGUGCCUCUAGUGUCUUCUUGCGGCCGUGAUGCGAGGGCGUUGGGCAAGGCACGGAAGACGGCCUCACGGCCGGUGCUGCGGUGGAUGCGUGUCGUGCUGAUGGCAUGGCCAGGCAGAGGAAGAGUCCGGGUCAUCGCAGGCAAACGCGUGUGGCCAAGCGUGUGGCGUAGUUGUGCGCUGAGACGGCGCACAGUAGCGCGACGCUUGGACCUCGUGUGUAAUUGUCUGGGGUG